GUAUGAAAACUCCAUUAAGUUCAAAAGGCAACUCCCUUCAUUUUGUCUGUUCUAGGUUGAACAAAAUGUGUAUACAGGGCCACAUCUCUGUCAUUCUGUUCUUCAUGUUUUCUUCAUGGACUACAUAUUCUGAAUGUAUUUCAGUUGGACAAUCUGAUAGACUCGUUUUACCAGUAGACAGUUGUCCAAGGGACCUGUCUGAAGUUGAGAAUGCUACCAAGAGACUGAAUUGCUCAGAUAUUGACAAGUUUAAAAACACGUAUCAUUGUCUACCCUUGUCCGACUUGUCUCAGCUUGUCGAGUUGUGUUACCAAACCAGCUAUUUAGUCCAGAAAGGAAAUUGCAUGGUUCUGCAUUCCGGUUAUUUAAACAACCAAUCAUGUCUUCAUUUCACCGAAGGCUGUCCCAAGACGUACUACCAGUCUAAACGGAUGUUUGAAUUUCCAGAUUGCACCCAAAUCAAUAAACGAAACAGAUGUUAUCUAGCUGAUCCCCGCUGUCCUACUUUAAGCAGUGACUUCAUCUCUACAACUGUCACUACAACACUUAAUGUAUCUCUAUCCAUUACAACGUCUACCAGUCAUGGAGAUAUCUCUGGAGAUAAAGACUGGAUAGCGAUACCCGUAGUAAUAUGUGUACUUGUCAUUAUAUUGAUUGUCUCUGGUUUUGUUUGGAAACGGAAAUGUCAUCGUUUUUUCUUUAAGGAAAAAAGUGGAGAUGACAACAUGCUUUCUUUAGAAGAUAUAAGUUGUCAAAGUAAGAAUAAUUCCAUGAACGUUCAAGAUGCCGAAACGGAAUCAGAAACGACUGCUUUAAUACAGAAUAAUGAAAAUACACAGUGCAUUGGAGAUAUUGACUAUGUUCCCAUAAAGAAUAAACCAUCCAAGAAUUCAAAGACUGAAGAUUCAACACAAGAGUCAAAUCAGAAGAGAGUGAAGGGGUUACUGAGUGAUGAAGGUUCAACUCUAAAUGAAGAUAUUCUGAAAGGUUGGCAAGAGGAUAACAGCAGAUUUGUGCCAACAAAAGCAAGUAAACUUGUAGAAGAAAAAAUUAAAAAUCAAAACCUGGUCACGGUUGUCGGAAAUUCAGGAUGCGGUAAAACGGCAAUCAUUCAACACAUCGCACUGAAGUUUAAAGAAGAAGGGUGGGAUAUCAAACCUGUCGACGAGGUGAAAGAAAUAAAACAGACAUGCUCUCUUGGAAUCUCGCCGGAUAAUCAGGUACUGUUUGUUCUAAAUGAUCCUAUUGGUAAGGAGACAUUAGAUGAAAUUUCAUAUAAUUCAUGGAAAACAUAUGAGAAAACAAUAGCAACUUGCUUGGAAAAGGUUAAAUUAUUAGUGUCAUGUAGAAGAAGUGUAAUUGGUGACAAGAGAUUAGAAGGGAUUCUGAUAAAGGACUCCAACAUAGUAGAGAUAGACAGCAACGAAUGGAAGUUGUCAGAGGAAGAAAAAAGGAAGAUCUUAAAUACAUACUGCCAACAUCUGGAUAUAUCUCAAGAGGACUUAAGUGAAAUACUCAAAACAGAAGCAUAUUUUCCUUUGCUUUGUAAAGUGCUUUCUUGUGAACAAAGUAGCAGUAGCAAAAAAGUAGAAAAAGUAGCCAGCAUCUUUAAAAACCCGUUUCAGUUCAUAAAACAAGAAAUUGAACGUUACAAAACCUUAGACAAACAGAAAUAUUGCGCCUUACUUUUGAUCGUGGCAUUUAAUAAUGAUUUUAAAGUUUAUUCUUUAGAAAAAGAAAAAAACGCUGAACAAAAGUAUAAAGUUAUUUUGAAAAUAUGUAACCUACAAGAAAACACACAUGUUUCGGUCAUUAAGGAUUCUCUAAAUGAAAUGAACGGAUCUUAUGUCAGACGUGUCGGGAAUGUUUACCAAUUUCUUCACGACUUUAUUAUGGAGAUAACGACUUUGGUAUUUGGUAUCAAUUGUCCUCAAGAGGCAAUACAGUACGCAGACAGUGGUUUUCUGAGACGACGGGUGAGAAUAGAAGACGAUACAGAAGAGGAAGAUCGCGAUCCCUUCACUGUUUACCUGCCUGAAGAGUACAUUGAUGAUCUUGUGGACAGGUUUAUUACUGACAUACAAACAGAAAACCUUGUAGAUGUUUUACUCAAUCGAUGUUUGAGGAAAGAGAGUGUGAUCAAUUCUUUAAAGGAAAAAGUGGAUUCGCUUGAAAAACUUCUUGUAAAAAUUAAGUGUGAAAAAGACAAAUCGGAAUUUCAAAGAUUAUUUGAAAGAUCUUUUUUCACAAGACUUGAUUUCCUUUAUUUACAAGAUGAAAUAUGUCCUUUAGUCGGACUUAUUGUAUUUUGUCAUUCUGACAUUUCUUCAUUUUUCAUAAAAAGUAUCCCUGAAACGAAGUUGAAAGAACAUCCUACAUUUUCUGCUAUCUGUGCAAAUGGCGAUUUAAACCUACUUAAUUCUCUCAGCCAAGAAUAUAAAAAAACAGCAAUGAUGGAAAUAUGGGAUGACUCUUUACCAAUUCAUGUUGCUUCUGAAUUUCAUAAUUUUUCAAUAAUAGAAGAAUUAGUAAGACUUGGUGCUGACGUAAACGAGUUCACAACUGAUGACACAUGGACUCCAUUAUCACUGGCUGCUGGAAAUGACGAAGAUCAUUUAAAAGAGGCCGGAAAGGAUACAAACGAGGGCGAAAGACGUAAUAAAACCAUUAUGUGCUUACUGAACAAUGGUGCCGACAUCAAUUUAUGUAACAAGAAUGGAGCCAGUCCUCUUUAUAUAGCUUGUGAAAAUGGACAUGAAAGCACGGUACAACUGUUACUGAACAACGGUGCUGACAUCAAUUUAUGUAACAAGAAUGGAGCCAGUCCUCUUUAUAUAGCUUGUCAAAAUGGACAUGAUAGCACAGUACAACUGUUACUGAACAACGGUACCGACAUCAAUUUAUGUGAGAAUGAUGGAGACAGUCCUCUUUGGAUAGCUUGUCAAAAUGGACAUGAUAGCACGGUACAAUUGUUACUGAGCAACGGUGCCGACAUCAAUUUAUGUGAUAAUGAAGGAGACAGUCCUCUUUGGAUAGCUUGUCAUAAUGGACAUGAUAGCACGGUACAACUAUUACUGAACAACGGUGCCGACAUCAAUUUAUGUGAUAAUGAUGGAGACAGUCCUCUUUGGAUAGCUUAUUAAAAUGGCACGGUAAAACUGUUACUGAACAACGGUGCCGACAUCAAUUUAUGUAAUAAUAAUGGAGCCAGUCCUCUUUAUAUGGCUUGUUAUGACGGACAUGAUAGCACGGUACAACUGUUACUGAACAACGUUGCCGAUAUCAAUUUAUGUAACAAGAAUGGAGCCAGUCCUCUUUGGAUAGCUUGUCAAAAUGGACAUGAUAGCACGGUACAGCUGUUACUGAGCAACGGUGCCGACAUCAAUUCAUGUAACAAGAAUGGAGCCAGUCCUCUUUAUAUAGCUUGUCAAAAUGGACAUGAUAGCACGGUACAACUGUUACUGAACAACGGUGCUGACAUCAAUUUAUGUAAUAAUGAUGGAGAUAGUCCUCUUUAUAUAGCUUGUCAAAAUGGACGUGAUAGCACGGUACAACUGUUAUUGAGCAACGGUGCCGACAUCAAUUUAUGUAACAAGAAUGAAGCCAGUCCAUUUUAUGUAGCUCGUCAAAAUGGACAUGAUAGCACGGUACAACUACUGCUGAACAAUGAUGCCGACAUCAAUUUAUGUGAGAAGAAUGGAGGCAGUCCUCUUUAUAUAGCUUGUCAAAAUGGACAUGAUAGCACGGUACAACUACUACUGAAAAAUGAUGCCGAUAUUAAUUUGUGAACAAGAAUAAAGACAUUAUUGAUGAUAACUAAAUGGACAUGAGAUCACAAUUAUUGAUAGUCAUUGGCAACUUAUUAAUAAGUUGAAACUUGUUUGCCACAAUACUCGUCCAAAAAUAUCAUUAUUGUUUUACUUUCUUGUACUUUAAAUAAGCAAAUGCCAGAUUUUUGAAUUUAAUCAUUGCGUUUCUAAUAGGAAAAUCUAAUGAAACAAUAUUGUUAAAUUUUAUCUUGUGAAAUAUAAAAGAUAUAGAUUAAUUUGAAAUACAUUUAUAUGUAUUUAGUCUGAAAAACUUGUUAUAUGCGAACAAUUGAAUAAUGUGAAGUAUAUUUAUUUAGUUAGAAAAUGUGUUAUAUGUAUACACUAAAAAUUUUUAAUAAUGCUCCUGUGAAUUUCAAUUUUCCUGUGAAUUACUUUCUUUUAAUAUGUUGUAGAUAUGUAUUUGCUUUGACAUAUCCUCAUAUAUAAUGGCUUUAAAUAUAAAAUGUAAGAUUAAUCUACUAUCUACAUGUACUAAACCUAUAUUAUGUUUUGAAUCACGAGUCCAUUGUUCAAGGGCUCAAAUUAUAGGGAGUACAAGUAAUUAUCUCGGUGUACAUCAACAUAUACAAUAUAAUAUCAAUUGCUGUC